UAUUUAUUAGAGAUCACCUGUGUCAAGAUAACAAAACAAAAAUGGCACAAUCCGCAUCGAAGUCCUGUGACAUAUGUAUGAGUGGACCAGGACAUAACUAUUGUGAACAAUGCGAGCAAUGGAUGUGUGAAAAUUGUAAAACUUUACAUUUACGGUCAAAAAUAAGUAGAAAUCAUACAUUUCUUAAUGGGUCACAUAUCAACCCGGAAGAAAACCCGUUUUGCAAAGAACACGACGAAAACUUUAUAUUUUACUGCGUUGAUUGUGACAUGCCAAUAUGCAAAAUUUGCAGCGUCAAAAAACACAAAAAGCAUGAUAUGUCUGAAAUCAACGAAUCGACACAGGCAUUACAGACUGAAGUCAAAAAGGUCAUUGAGACGAAGAUAAGAUCCUUUAAAACAAAUCUAGAAAAGAUUGAACAAGGCACAGGAAAGUUCCAGAGUGACAUGAAAGAAGUCAUUCGUGUGAUUACAGAAGAUGGGAAACAGAUGAAGCAGUGGAUUGACCAGAAAGUACAAGCCCUCAUUACAUCUUUGGAGGAAAAAGAGACAGCAAACCUAAAGGUCCUUCAAACAAUAAAAACUGAAUUUCAAAAUGAUUUAGGAAAGUUCGAAAAAUGUCAGACUGCUUUUAACGAGUGCCAGAAAGUUGCAAAUGCUAGUAAACUUCUAACACAAUUGAAAAAUAUUAAAUCCGAGUUGGAUGUAAAAAGUGAAAAACAGCUACCCGUCAUGCCGACUAUGAAAUAUAACAAAAAGAAUGUAUCAGAACGAGAAAUGUUCAAUCUAUUCGGAGACAUAUUCUUCAAAGAUAUGGUAAACAGUGUAAAUCAGACGCCUAAUAAAGACACCAGAGAAAAGCCUAAAAAGACACUGUGCGGAUACUAUUGUAUAGAUUGCAGUGAAGCACAACAGUCUAGCCAAAAACCAAUGUAG